AUGCAUAGGUUUGUGACGUCAUAUACAGCACGUGAAAUCAAGCGGACAUACGUCAUAUCCAUAUGGCACAGAAACGUGUCAUGUACUGUUCGUCAACAGAAAAAGUCGUGCAAGACAAGGGGAGCAAGGAUCGCUCGUCCAGAAUCGCACUUAGCCCGCGCACCUGGAGUGUACCCACGAGCGAUUGGCGCUGAAUUCAUAUACUUGAACUUGACCUCAAGGACUCCUCCUCAUCGAGCAGUUGUUCUCUGUCCUUUGGCGAUAUUGUUUUGUGACUUAUUUUUAGUCUCUUUCUGCAUUACCUUAUAUCAAUUAACUAUUUUAGAAGUGUAG